AAGAUUGAUGUUUUGCUCUUUGUGCUGAAAUGUGUUUAGGAAAGGGCCAGUUUAUUUUUUGUUUUGUCUUUUUUUAGCUGUAAAAAUGUGUACGUACUGAAACGCGCGUGCGUAAUUCGCUCCAAGUCACGCUUCAUCCUUAAUUAUCUGGCGCGUGGUGCCGCAUUGGUCCUGAUGGCGCUCCAGGCUGAAGACAAGAGCGCGUCAAGUGCGUCUGGACUUGAGAGCAGCUGAGCCGACAGAAGCAGGAGAGAUGAGCGGAGCACAGAACAGCAAGCAGGAUGUUCUCUGUUCUUGAUUAUGGAUUUCAUUUGUUGCCGUAAUUUUCAGAUUUUUACGAGCACAACUCUAAUUUUGUCAUUGCUGGUGAAAGAUGGUGCAUCUCCAGAGACAUUACCUCCAGUUGUGGACCAUUGCUCUCCAAACCCAUGUCAAAACCAGGCCAUAUGCAGAAGCCGUGCAGAUGGCCACUCUUGUUAUUGUGUGCCAGGUUUCCAGGGUGCAAACUGCCAGAUAGAUGUCAACGAGUGUGUUUCGCAGCCCUGCAGGAACGCAGGAACCUGCGUGGACAAAGUUGGAAGAUUUUCGUGUCUGUGUCCUCCUGGAUUUACUGGCACCACUUGUGAGGUUCAGAUUGACGGUUGUCAUUCAUUGCCAUGUCGCCAUGGUGGCCGUUGCCACAACAGUGCUGGGGGCUUCAUGUGCACCUGUCUUCCUGGUUUCCAAGGACGCCAGUGUGAAAUCAACAUAGAUGAGUGCCAGGAGCAGCCGUGCCAAAAUGGGGCUCAGUGUUUAGACGGGGUGAAUGAGUACAGGUGUGACUGCUCAUACACAGCCUUUACUGGUCCACACUGUGAGAUACCACGACUGCCCUGCUCCCUUCAACCCUGCUUUAACAGCGCCACCUGUAAGGACAACCAGGGUAACUACACCUGUGAAUGCCUGCCUGGAUUUGAAGGGCAGCACUGUGAGAUAGACAUCCCAGAGUGCAGCAGCAGUCCUUGCAUGCACGGUGGCAGAUGCAUUGAGAGGUCAUGGCAGGCACUAUACGGCAGCGAGCCUCUGUUACCGCAACACUUUGACCAGCGUCAAGCUGCAGGGUAUAUCUGUAGCUGCCCUCCUGGAAUGACAGGUUCCUUCUGCCAGGAGGAGAUAAACCGCUGUGAGCCCAACCCCUGCCAGAAUGGGGGGAGAUGUGAGACCCAUGAAGAAAGCUACAUAUGUCACUGCCUCCAUCAAAGUGACGGAGGCAGCCUGUAUGGAGGUGUGGACUGCAACGUGCAGUUAGUGGGAUGUGAGGGCCACGAAUGCCAGAACCAAGGCUCCUGCUCGCCUUUCCUGCUGGGUGGGACUCACGGGUACACAUGCUCCUGUGCACCUGGGUUCACCGGGCCUCUUUGUAAGACCCCCACCACCUUUUCCUUUGAGCGCAGUGGUUACUUGCUCUUGCAAAAUCCCCUGGUGGAUGCAGAAGUUGCCUGCAACAUCACCCUGAGCUUCAAGACUGUUUUGCUGCGAGCGCUGUUGUUCCAGAGAAACACUGGGGGGCUGCUGUUGAGCUUGGAGCUGGACGCAGGACUGCUGCAGCUUACUCUGAGGAAGGAAGCUUCGGCGGGGGCUGAAGCAGAAAACCAAAGCCAAGUUUUGGAGCUCCCGCAAAACGUCACAGAUGGAGAAUGGCACACUGUUAAGGCUGUGCUCAUGAACUGGGUACUCAGCCUUGAGCUCGAUGAUGCUGGGAUCUGUGGGAGCCAGUUGUGCUACAAAGUGGUCACAGUUGAAAGCACCCUGGUGGGGCUUGUGGCAUCUCCUCAGAACACUUUUAUUGGAGGAACAGCUGAGGACCCGAAUGGCCCCAGUGGGCCUUCCACAUCUCCCGCAUUUAUUGGAUGCAUGCGGGAUGUGUUUGUGGACUGGCAGCUCGUUGUUCCCGAGGAAUGGUUGAGUGACUCCGCAGUUAAUGUGUUUCCAGGAUGCAGCCACAGGGACCGCUGCCAGGAAGUGCCGUGCCAAAACAGAGGGAAGUGUGUGAACCUGUGGCAGAGCUACCAAUGUCAGUGUCCAAGGCCUCACGAGGGGCACGACUGCGAGGAGGAGCAUGUGCCCGCUCGCUUUGGGAACGAGGACUCUCACAGUUACGCAGCGUUCACCAUCACUGAUGAUCUGGGUCAGAACUUCUCCCUCUCGCUGUUCGUGCGCACAAGGAAGCACAAUGGACUCUUGCUGGCGUUGACCAACAGCAGCAUCCAGUACCUGCAUCUGUGGCUUGAGGACGGCAGGGUCACAGUGAAGCUCCAUAACUCCAAGGGCCUAAAGGCAGAGGCUGCUCUUCACGACGGAGAAGUUCACUUUGUGAAUGUGGAGGUGGAGGAGAAUCGGAUGACGUUGUUUGUAGCGGGUGAGAAACAGGGAGAGGUGGAAGUAAGCACUGUCAGUGCCAAGGCCGGAGAUGCUGCAUAUGUGGGAGGCUUGCCGGAGAGGACAACCACUCCACUGUUUGGUGGAUAUUUUAAAGGCUGUGUGCAGGAUUUAAGAAUCAAUGACAGGAGGCUGCAGUUCUUUGGACUCAGCGCCUCAGUGAGAUCCUAUCCUCUGGAGCUCAUGGAGAACGUGACUGCUGGUUGCUCUGGAGACAACACCUGCAGUAGAAAUCCAUGUCUUAAUGGUGGGAUGUGCUUCUCCAUGUGGGACGACUUCACCUGCACCUGCCCGCCCGGCACAACAGGGCGGCACUGCGAGAUCGUGAAGUGGUGCGAGCUGUCACCUUGCCCCGCAGAUGCAGAGUGCAGGAUGCUCCAAAAGGGAUAUGAAUGUUACACCAAUGCAACCUUCCUGAAUAACAGCACUGUGUUGUCAUACCGGGGAAAUGGCCACAUCUCCCGCAACCUGACCAGCCUGUCCUUCAACCUGCGCACGCGGAAGCGUAAUGCUGCCAUCCUGCACGCAGAGAAGAACUCGUCCUUCAUCAUGGUCUCUAUCCAGGAUAGCAUCCUCGUCAUGGAGCUUCAAAGCACCUAUGCAGGUGACGGCGAGGUAGAGAAGGAGCACGAGGGGGAGGAGAGUCUGUCGGUUGUCAGUUUGAGCAGCAGGAGGAGUGUAAGUGAUGGGGAGUGGCACACCGUCCAUUUGUUUAUGACGGCACCGUGGGAGCAGUCGUCCCGCUGGACAUUGGUGCUGGAUGAAGAAAUAGAUGAGGCUAGUUUCUCCAGGAGCCGUGGCGGCAACUUGAACUUCAUCAGACAGGAAGUGGACAUCUUCCUGGGGGGCUUGGCCCCUGAUACCGGCUGGUCCCUAGCUGGUUGUCUGAACACCGUGGAGGUGGGCGGCAUCGCCUUGCCUUAUUUCAGCUCCUACAAUGUUAACCUGCCGCGCCUGCAGGAGGAACAGUUUAUCCAAACGUCGGCGCACCGUCCCUUGGUGGGUUGCCGUGGAGCCUCCGUGUGCGAACCCAACCCAUGCCUGAACAACGGCGAGUGUCAGGACCUCUUCAACACUUACAACUGCAGCUGCGCAGGAGGAUGGGUUGGAAGACGCUGUGACGUCUUUAUUGACACUUGUGCUUCAAAUCCCUGCAUCCAUGGCAACUGCAGCGUCAACGGCAUGACCUAUGAGUGCACCUGCGAGCUCGGUUACACAGGUGUGAACUGUGAAGUGGAGACUGACAUGUGCGAAAACCACCUGUGUGCCCACGGAGGUACCUGUCUGCACGGCCCAGAAAGAUACGCCUGCCUCUGCCCUGAGAACUACACCGGUUCCUUCUGCAAUGAACGCGUUGAAGAAGUUCCAUGGUACAUCGUUGUCAAAAAUGUACGGCCCAAGCUGCCCGUGUCUGUGUGUGGCGAUGACACCAGAAAUUACACUUGCUUCAACGGAGGCAACUGUACUGACCGGGAGCUCUCCUGCGACUGUCUACCGGGCUUCAUCGGCCAUCGGUGCGAGCAGGAGGUGGAUGAGUGCAAUUCUAACCCCUGCAUGAACGGAGGCUACUGCCGCAACCUCAUCAACAAGUUUGUGUGUGUGUGCGACAUGAGCUUCGCUGGAGACAUGUGCCAGACGGAUCUGUCCUUAGAGGGUUUGACCUCUGACCUCUUGCUGCCCAUCAGUUUGGUGUCUGUUAUCCUGCUGUUGGUUCUCGGCGUGACCUCCGUCGGCUUAAUGAUGGCGCUAAAUCGGCGCGCCACCCACGGCACCUACAGUCCCAGCAGGCAAGAGAAAGACGGGUCCCGGCUGGAGAUGUGGAGCAUCAGCCAGCCUCCACCCAUGGAGAGACUGAUUUAAAACACUCUGGAUAACAAUCUGGGGAAAAGAAAGAACAUGAAGGUGAAAGUAGAUGGCUCACUUGGGGCAGAACUACGUCUGUUUUCCCUCAGACUCAUCGUUUUGUGCAAAUGUGAAUGUCUCCCUGUGAUAUUCUGGUUUCGUGUUGCAGCUGUUAGAUGUAGGAACCAGAGGGUGCUGAAGGGAUAAAAACACAGACACAUUUUCAUGAAGUUUCAAGUAAAAAUCUGUUCUUUUAUUUAUUUUUUUUACUUAAACCAAUACACAGUAAUACAGGUGAAAUAAUUGACAUCGCUUUUUAAUUCAUGUCAGAGACCAAAAAAAUCAAAAAGAAGGUUUAGAAAACUGAUAAUAAUCGAAAUGAUCAACCCUGAAAUUGAUUUUUACUGCAGAUAAGAACCCAUAAAAACAACUAAUUGAGUUUUGAAUCAAGGAUUUUGACCUCUUCUUUCUUAGCUUGUUCGAGUGCAAAUGAGCCUUUAACCUCAACCAAGCAGCUCUUAAAUGAACACCAAUUCAUUAUAAAAAAUAUCUUUUUAACCUAGAUUAUCUUAUAGGAUUUUAACAUAAAGAACAUAUAGAUUUUGAUGGAUGUCUGUAAAUUUAAGUUUUUUUCUUCUUCAAUAUACUGCAUUUCCCUAAUUAUGGUGCCAUUCUCCAGCCAGCAAGUUCCAAGGUUAAAAAAUAAUUUAAUUUAGAAGUGGAGUUUAGCAAAUCAAAAUGUGUUUGCAGAAGAGACGGAUAUUAUUUUAAGUGCAUACAGUCAUGGGGAAAAAUUAGGACACCCAUUGAAAGCCUGUAUAUUUUCCCACAUGUUUGGAUACAUACACAUUUAAUAUUACUUGGAACAUCACUGAGUGAGAUAAGUCGACAGAACAAUUUUUAAGCUUUCUACGAAAUGUAGUUUCAAAAGAUUGUAUUUUCUGUUUAAGUUUAGACACUUAUGGCACAUUUAACCUUAAUGCUAUCUUAAAUGACCCCACCCUUACAAUGACGUGUUCUCCCUACCAUGACAAAGGUGGAUAAAGGUGGAAAGACUUCAUGUAAUCCAUGGACACC